UGUCAUUAAUGGGUGUCGCUGUUGUACGAAUGACGGUCGCUCUUGCCUUGCACUGGUGACAAACAGGAACUCAUGCAAGCAGGCGGCAACAGUCGGAGCGCUGAAGUAGCGGAGGGUCAGCCAUAUUGCCGCGCUGUUACUUCUGCAGAGGAGUGUCCGAGGCUGCCCUGCGGCAGAACCAUCUUAAAUCACACCUGCUCUGGAAGGCACUGACUGGGGAGAAGUCACCUAGUAGGCUAUCCGAAGUAUUUGGAAACCAACUUUACAGCUCCGCGCACGGACCCAGGAAAAGGACACAAAAUGCCUAAAGCUGUCAAUGUUCGUGUCACCACCAUGGACGCUGAGCUGGAGUUUGCCGUCCAGCCCAGCACCACUGGUAAACAGCUCUUUGACCAGGUGGUGAAGACCAUCGGCUUGAGGGAAGUCUGGUACUCUGGUCUUCAGUAUGUGGACGGUAAAGGAUACCUCACCUGGCUGAAGCUUGACAAAAAGGUGUCUUCCCAGGACGUGAAGAAGGAGAACCCGCUGCAGUUCAAGUUCCGCGCCAAGUUCUUCCCCGAGGAUGUGUCUGAGGAGCUCAUCCAGGACAUCACCCAGAAGCUGUUCUUCAUGCAGGUGAAGGAGGGCAUCCUGAGCGAUGAGGUGUACUGUCCCCCGGAGACGGCCGUGCUGCUGGCCUCCUACUCUGUCCAGGCCAAGUUUGGAGACUAUACCCGGGACCAACACCGGCCCGGCUACCUCACCUCAGACCGUCUGCUGCCCCAGCGGGUUCUUGAGCAGCACAAGCUGUCCAGGGAGCAGUGGGAGGAGAGGAUCCAGGUGUGGCAUGAGGAACACCGUGGAAUGCUGAAGGAGGAUGCCAUGCUGGAGUACCUGAAGAUCGCCCAGGACCUGGAGAUGUACGGAGUCAACUACUUUGACAUCAAGAACAAGAAGGGGACCGAGCUGUGGCUGGGAGUAGAUGCCCUGGGACUCAACAUCUACGAGAAGGAGGACAAACUGACCCCAAAGAUCGGCUUCCCCUGGAGCGAGAUCAGGAACAUUUCCUUCAACGACAAGAAGUUCAUCAUCAAACCCAUCGACAAGAAGGCCCCGGACUUUGUGUUCUUUGCCCCUCGCCUGCGCAUCAACAAGCGUAUCCUGCAGCUGUGCAUGGGCAACCAUGAGCUGUACAUGCGCCGCCGCAAGCCAGACACCAUCGAGGUGCAGCAGAUGAAGGCCCAGGCCCGCGAGGAGAAACACCACAAACAGAUGGAGAGGGCCCAGCUGGAGAACGAGAAGAAGAAGAGGGAGGACAUAGAGAAAGAGAAGGAGCAGAUGGAGAGAGAGAAGCAGGAUCUGAUGAUGAGACUCUACCAGUUUGAGGAAAAGACCAAGAAGGCAGAGAAAGACCUGCAGGAGCAGAUGCAACGUGCCAUGCAGCUGGAGGUGGAGAGGAGGAUGGCGGAGGACGAGGCAGCCCGCCUGGAGGCUGAGCGUCAGGCCGCCCUGCUGGCCAAGGAGGAGCUGGCUCGCCACGCCCAGGACCAGAUGCACAACCAGGAGCAGCUGGCUGCGGAGCUGGCAGAGCACACAGCUAGGAUCGCCCUGCUGGAGGAGGCCAAGCGGCGCAAGGAGGAGGAGGCUGACACAUGGCAACACAGGGCUCAGGAGGCCCAGGACGACCUGCUGAAGACCAAGGAGGAGCUGCAAAUGGUGAUGACGGCCCCCAUUCAGGCACCCCCUCCCCCCAUGUUCGUGGAGGUGCCCAUGUUUGUGGACAACCAUGACGUUUUGAUGGUGGAGGAGCAGAACGACAGCGAGAACAACAGCACGUACAGUGCCGACCUGCAGAACGAGGGCUUCAACGACCACCGCCUGGAAGAGGAGCGCCUCACCGAGGCCGAGAAGAACGAGCGUGUGCAGAGGCAGCUCAUGGCCCUGAGCUCAGAGCUGGCCCAGGCCCGCGACGACACUAAGCAUACCCAGAACGAUCUGCUCCACACGGAGAACGUGCGCGCCGGCCGGGACAAGUACAAGACCCUGCGGCAGAUCCGAUCGGGCAACACCAAGCAGAGGAUUGACGAGUUUGAGGCCUUAUAAGAAGGCCCCUCCCCAAAGGCCAUGAGGGCCACACAGCCACGUACCCUUUCUGAAUGGUCACUGAACUAAUCCCUCCACUGCUAUACACACACACACACACACACACACACACACACACACACACACACACACACACACACACACACACACACACACACACACACACACACACACACACACACACACACACACACACAGGAGCAGUAUAAAGAGUGUGAGUGAUACACACAUCUGCCUCACCACUUUUACCAGUUCCCCCUUAGUGAGAACUUACUCCUGUAAAAAGGCUUUUCAAAUUCUUGUAAGAAAACUUACUAGUGCCAAAAUAUAUAUUAUUUUCUUUUAGCAUAACAAAUCUUCUUUCCGUUUUGAUUGUAUGUAAUUUGAUGCGAUCAGACAAAAUCACUCACCAUUAUUUUUAACCAGAGGUGUGAUGAUGAGUUGUGGGACUAUACAGUAAUAGUACGCCAUGAUGUACACCUGAGAGACAUCAAGUACAGCCAAUCAAAGCCUUGCUUUUUGGUGUUUUCUUAAAUGUGGUGUCAAUGUUGAAAAAGGGUAAUAUAUAUUUAUUUUUUUCUGACAGGGACCACUCAGAAAGGGGAACAUACAGUAUAUUAACUUUUACUCUUACUUGCAGAAAAGUGUACUAUGUUCUGUUUCAUUGUGUUUUUCCAUAAUAUUUGAACACUUUCAUUUAUGUUUAAUAUUGCUCUUCAGUAUCUGGGAAAUCAUGAAUAGUUUACUAUUUAUACGAUAAAUGGGUCAUUUAAAAAAGGGUUAUUUCCUCUUGGUUUGUAUAUUUCUCCUAUUCUACUAAUGAUCACAAGAACAUUUUAAAUGUAUCAGGUUCUAUAUCAACCAAAAUAAUGAUAGAUUUGUGUUCCAUAAGGUUUUCUUUUAGAUCAGUAAAUUAAAGAGAUUUAUUUGUAAAUUAUAACUUUUUUUUUUACUUUAGAAAAUAUUCCACUGUAUGUCAUCAAAUCAACAUAAGGAGACCAUGCAGUUCACAGUAGCUAGCAGCAUUUUGCCAUGCAGUUCACGGUAGCUAGCAGCAUUUUGCCAUGCAGUUCACGGUAGCUAGCAGCAUUUUGCCAUGCAGUUCACGGUAGCUAGCAGCAUUUUGCCAUGCAGUUCACGGUAGCUAGCAGCAUUUUGCCAUGCAGUUCACGGUAGCUAGCAGCAUUUUGCCAUGCAGUUCACGGUAGCUAGCAGCAUUUUGCCAUGCAGUUCACGGUAGCUAGCAGCAUUUUGCCAUGCAGUUCACGGUAGCUAGCAGCAUUUUGCCAUGCAGUUCACGGUAGCUAGCAGCAUUUUGCCAUGCAGUUCACAGUAGCUAGCAGCAGCAUUUCCGAGGCAUACGUGCAUCUUCUCCAGGAGAAAAGUGCUUAUACAAAAACACUUAGGACUCUAUUCAGUCUGCUUCACUGAAGCGUUACAGAUUGCGUUUUAGAAACUUAAAGGUCAUUUCCGAUUGAGCCGACACAUGCAGCGUUUACCGUGAAUACAGUCUCACCGUUCCCUCUCUGUGGAUGUGUACUAGACUGGGUUUUUACUGACACUAUAACCAAAACAACACACAAUGCUGCCGCUGGCCCGCUGUUCUUUAUUUCAACUGGAUUUUAUAAUGAGGUGUUUAGCAUAUUGGCAAUAAAGAUCUAUGAUUACAGCUUCA